AAAAUUCAAAUGUAUCAUUAUUCACAAACAAAUCAAAAUAUUUCUUUUGUUAAUUAUAAUUCUUAAUUUGGUUCUCGUUAGAUAAUGGUAAAAAUUUUUGUUCGUACGAAGAAUAUGAAAAUUCUAUUAACAGGCAUGCAGAUAUAAAAUUUUUAAGCCAAACCAAAGAUGAAUGCCAAAAAUUAUGCGACAAUGAAAGACGCUUUACCUGCAGAGGCUACAGUCUUUUAACGCUUAAUAAUAAGAAAACAGACCAGAUUAAUAGAUUCACUUGUUUUAUACAUAGCGAAGAUAGUAAAAUAUAUGGACCAAGUAGUUUAAAAUAUAUGGAUGGAGGAAGUUAUUUUGAGAGGGCUACAUGUUUAAACGUUACAGUUACAUGUACCGAAAAACUGAUGGCAAUAACGUUUACACCGGAAAUGAAUUUUAAAGGAAAACUAUAUCUUCAGGGAUAUUCUGAACAUUCCGAAUGUUAUAGUGUAGGACAAGGAUACCGCAUGGUCAUGCUGAAAAUACCCCUUUUAGAUCAACAUUGUGGACUUACAGUCGCUAGAAGUAAAGGACUUAAUAACAGGACAUUAUUAUCAGCCAACAUGGUUUUACAAUACAAUCCAUUAAUACAGGCACAAGGUGAUAGAUUAAUUAGAGUUGGAUGUAUUUUCAGUAACGAUAAUUAAAAAAUGUCCU